AUGUCGCGGGCCGUCUGCGAGCUGGACCCGCGGCCAGAUUGCGUCCUGGUGGACGGUUGCAACCGGCCACCCGAGCUAUUGCGCAAGGGCGAGCAGUGGACGCGUGGAACUAAGGCCUCGGAGAUGGCGAGGGCGGACGCGAAGCAGCAGAGGCUGGGCAGCUUUUUCAAGGCGGCUCCGCGGCCAGCGGGGCUUUCUGGCGAAGGCGCCGACAGCCCGUGGAGGCCGAGGCUCGUGGAGAACGUGAUCGAGGGUGACGGCCGCGUGCCCUGCAUCUCCGCGGCCUCGGUGCUGGCGAAGGUCCAGCGCGACAGGUUGAUGAAGAAGUUGCACGAGGAGUACCCGCAGUUCGGCUUCGCGGAGCACAAGGGGUACGGGACGAAGUCCCACCUGGAGGCCAUCGAAGCUCACGGGCCUUGCCCCGCGCAUCGCCGAAGUUUCGGGCCUCUGAAGGAGGCGUUGGCUUGCGUCACUGGCGAGCUCAAGGAGCCCGGCCAGCGGCUGCUGCAGAGCCUCGGGCUGGCGGCCCCGGCCACCGACGAGUGCCGCUCGCCGCCCGCCGAGGCGGGCAUCCUGGGGACGCCCGAGCGGCGCGGCAAGCUGGCAGAGGGGGUCUCGGCCAGCAAGGGUGCGCCCGCGCGCCUGGCGGGCCCCGGCGCUGCGAAGGACGGCCGCCAGGCCUCCCAGGCGGGCGCCUGA